AUGCUUCUCCUUGUUCUUUUGACCAGCUUCAUCCGGCAAAGCUGGAACUUGGGCGUCGCCUUUCUCUGUUUCUGGCUUUUCUGGGAGAACUUGACCGGUGGCAUCGAUUCCAUUGUGUGGGCCGAUAACGCCGACAUCAAGCUUGAUGUAUAUUGCGACAUCGUAUCGCACAUUCAAGAGAUCACUGCGGUUGUCAAGCCUAUGUCUACCCUGAUCAUUACUCGUCGACUAUACCUGAUCACAAGCCUGCGAUCCGUUGAACCUCCUACAACGGCAGCGAGACGAUGGACUCUCGCGAUUGAGUGGAUACUCGGCCUGGGUAUCCCUCUUCUUGUCGCGGGACCUCUUUAUUAUGUGGUUCAGUGGCUUCGAUUUGAGGUUGAUGGAGCUUUUGGCUGCGGCGACUCUCCCGACGGCUCGAUACUCAACAUUUUGCUGAUUAAAUCGUGGACUCUGAUUCCUCCAUUUGUGUCCAUCACCUUCUACUAUCCUCACGUCGCUCGAGUCUUCUAUCGCCACAGUCGGGAGAUUGACAACUUCCUUCAGAGCAAUGACUCGGUAUCCCGAACGAACUACUUCCGGAUCCUUGCUCUCGCAAGCAUUGAUGUCUUGCUCACCUUACCCUUUGGGAUCGCGACGGUCGUCUUGGAAGUGAAAAACUUGUUGGCUUCCGGUACCAUCCCAUUAUACUUCGGUUGGACCUACGACCACACAGACUGGCAACCGGAGAGCUAUUCCUAUACAUUCAUAGUGUCCGAAGGGACUUUCGAUGUAGCACAACUCUACUUCGCCAAGUGGACAUCGCCCAUCCUCGCAUUCGCCAUCUUCGGCCUCUUCGGCGUCACAUCCGAAGCCCGCGCAUCGUACUGGCGUAUCAUCUGUACCUUGUGCGGCUGGUUCGGCUGGAAGCCGACUCUUCACGCGCGCAGAGCGCGUUCACCGCUGGGAGACAUCGAGUUCGGCGAGCGGCCUGCCCAGAACUCUAUGUCGCUGAGUCUCGAGUCGAACCCAAGCUACGUGAACCACGGCGCCCGCGCGCAAGAUCAACCAGAGGGUGGAGGAGCAGUCAUGGGUGAGGCAGAGGACGGCUCAGAUAAUGACAAAGAUGCGAUAAAGGAAGUACGCCGAAGUACUGCCGAGGAAAUGCACGACGAGCGCCCGACGCCUUCCGCGUCUGCCCAGGCUACCCUCGGUGAUGCCUCGGUUGCGGUGUAG